AUGCCAGACUAUGAACGUCCUCUGGAUCCUGGUCAAUCGGAAGCCGAGCUGCGCGCAUUGUUAGCCAAUGUUUGCGAUGAUGAACAAGUGCUUGCAGAGGCGAAACAACCCGUCUCAGAAGGCCUUACCACUCUGUUGAUGGAGCACCAAGUGAUUGGUGUCAAUUGGAUGAAACGACAAGAAGCUUCAUCCAACAAAGGCGGCAUCUUGUCAGAUGACAUGGGUCUAGGCAAGACUUUGCAAGCGAUUGCGCUCAUCAAAGAACGACCUUGUGAUCCGGCGACACUCACCGAAGCCUCGUCGAGUGGUGAAAAAACAAAAACGAAAGGCACGCUGGUCAUUUGUCCUGUAUCCCUAAUCUCACAAUGGCAGCGCGAAAUCUAUACAAAGACAAAUCCACCCUUAUCCGUUCUCGUUUAUCACGGAACUAGCCGUCCCUCGGAUCCACGCAAGUUACUUGCCUAUGAUGUGGUCAUCUCGUCCUAUCAUGUAUUAAUACAGGACUAUGGCAAGAAUGACACAUAUACUGGUCCUCUCGCUAAAUUAAAAUGGCAUCGAGUCAUUUUGGAUGAAGCUCACGUCAUCAAGAACAAAGCCACUAGUAUGGCCCGAUCAUGUUGUCUUGUUGAUGCGCAAUAUCGAUGGUGUCUGACCGCAACACCUAUCCAGAAUAAGAUUGAAGAAUUAUUUUCGUUGAUCAAGUUCUUGCGUAUCAGGCCCUAUUGCGAAUGGGAUGAAUUCCGUGAAGAAAUCAGCAAGCCUAUGAGGCAAGGUCUACAUAAGAGAGCUCUUAAAAAGGUGCAAAUUCUGCUCAAAGCUAUCUCUCUUCGACGAUCCAAGCAAGCAAAGAUCAAUGGCAAGCCUAUCUUGCAACUCCCCGAACGAACGGUGCACUUUACUCACAUUGACUUUUCGCCCGACGAGCGCCAAUUCUACGAAUAUAUCAACAGCAAAGCCCAAGCUCGAUUCAACAAGUACUUGGAAGCGGGUACCGUCAUGAAGAAUUAUUCUUCGGUACUGGUUCUUUUACUUCGUCUGCGUCAAGCGUGUCUGCAUCCUUCUCUCACAUUGAAGGAGAACCCGGACGAGGAAGAAGAGUCGGAAUGCAAAAAAGAAAAGAUUGCCAGAACCAUGACAUCCACCGUAGUGAACCGUCUCUUGCAUGAAAAUACGAACUUUAGCGACAUUGAAUGUCCUAUUUGUAUGGAUAUGGCGGACCAAGCUCAAAUCAUAGCAGGAUGUGGCCAUAUUCUGUGCCGUGAAUGUUUAUUCAAUUAUAUCAAUACGGCGGAUGGGCUUGUGAAACGCUGUCCACAAUGUCGUGGUCCUUUGGAUCGGGAAUGUGUGACCUCGCUGGAAGCUUUUCUCAAGGUGCAUGCGCGCGAUUUAUAUAACACUUUUGUCAAGGAUAAUUCAGUGACAGAAGAAACUGCGGCGGCUAUUAGUCGUGCCAAAGAGUUCCUGUCGAGUGCCAAGAUCGAUAAGCUUCUGGAGAUUCUCCAAGAAACGCAUGAGACUACGGGUGGCCAAGAUAAAACCAUUGUGUUCUCUCAGUUCAUGGGGAUGCUGGAUAUCGUCGAGACUGCGCUGAAGCAAAAAGGUUACAAAACUGUUCGUUACGACGGCUCCAUGAACGUCAAGCAGCGAGAUGCAGCAUUGGCCUGCUUCUUUGCAAACCCGGAAGUGACGGUGCUUUUGGUGUCGACCAAAUGUGGCUCGUUGGGAUUGAAUUUGACGGUGGCCAACCGAGUGGUGAUGAUGGAUAUCUGGUGGAAUCCGGCGUUGGAAAAUCAAGCCAUCGAUCGUGUGCAUCGUAUUGGACAGACCAAACCGGUAGAAGUGCAUCGUAUCUUUAUCACUGAUACUGUCGAAGAUCGCAUCCUUGAACUCCAAAAGAAGAAGCAGGCGUUGUGCGACGGUGCACUGGGCGAAGGCACCGGUCGGCCGUUGGGUCGCUUGGGUCUCAACGAAAUGUUGUACCUGUUCCGUGGUGGCACUCUUCGUGGUGAUGAUGAUGAUGAUUAA